AUGAUGAGUUCAGCAGCCUCACCCUCUUACCUCACAGCUCCUUAAAUUGGAGGACAGCGGAGCUGAAUGUCAGUACUGUUACUGGAGCUACUGGGGUGAGGAGGAAGACUCAACAUGGCGCGAUGGAUUUAUUUAUUCACUAUUAUCGCCAUCGGCGAUUUAUUUACAGCCUCAACCCUUGCUGAGUCAAGCACAGACAGUUCUUCCAACACUAUAAGUGAUUCAGUGACCAUUACCACAGCCUCACAGUCAUUAAGCACAACUACAGUUACAGCAUUUCCCUCAGCAGUUACUUCCAGUGCUGCAGUCACAUCUUCUGUCUCCACUAACAUACCCACAGCAAGUUCCCCCAAUCCUUUAUCAACUGCUUCUACCCUUGGCAACACACCUGAUGCCAGUUCCUCCAACCCUCUGUCCAGUGCUGCAGCCGCAUCCUCAACCCUUGGUAUAACAUCAGCUGCCAGUUCCUCCAACCCUCUGUCCAGUGCUGCGGCCGCAUCUUCCACCCUUGGCAAUACAGUCGCUGCCAGUUCCUCCAACCCUCUGUCCAGUGCUGCAGCCUCAUCCUCAACCUUUGCUAACACAGUAUCUGCCAGUUCCUCCAACCCUCUGUCCAGUGCUGCGCCUGCAUCCUCAACCCUUGCUAACACAUUAUCUGCCAGUUCCUCCAACUCUCUGUCCAGUGCUGCGCCUGCAUCCUCAACCUUUGCUAACACAGCCACUGCCACCUCCUCCAACCCUCAGUCCAGUUCUGCGGCCGCAUCCUCCACCCUUGCUAACACAGCUGCUGCAAGUUCUUCCAACCCUCUGUCCAGUGCUGCGCCUGCAUCCUCAACCAUUGCUAACACAGCCGCUACCAGUUCCUCCAACCCCCAGUCCAGUUCCGUGGCCGCAUCCUCAACCCUUGCUAAUACAGCUGCUGCAAGUUCCUCCAACCCUCUGUCCAGUGCCGCUGUAGCAUCCUCCACCCCUGCUAACACAGCCGCUGCCAGCUCCUCCAUCCCUAUGUCUAGUGCUGCACCCGCAUCCUCCACCCUUGCUAACACAGCUGCUGCCAGUUCCUCCAACCCUCUGUCUAGUGCUGCACCCGCAUCCUCCACCCUUGCUAACACGGCUGCUGCCAGUUCCUCCAACCCUCAGUCCAGUGCUGUGGCCGUAUCCUCCACCCUUGCUAACACAGCAGCUGCCAGUUCCUCCAACCCUCUGUCCAGUUCUGCGGCCGUAUCCUCCACCCUUGCUAACACAGCAGCUGCCAGUUCCUCCAACCCUCUGUCCAGUGCUGCACCCGCAUCCUCCACCCUUGCUAACACAGCAGCUGCCAGUUCCUCCAACCCUCAGUCCAGUGCUGUGGCCGCAUCCUCCACCCCUGCUAACACAGCUGCUGCCAGCUCCUCCAUCCCUAUGUCUAGUGCUGCACCCGCAUCCUCCACCCUUGCUAACACAGCCGCUGCCAGUUCCUCCAACCCUCUGUCCAGUGCUGCACCCGCAUCCUCCACCCUUGCUAACACAGCCGGUGCCAGCUCCUCCAUCCCUAUGUCUAGUGCUGCACCCGCAUCCUCCACUCUUGCUAACACAGCUGCUGCCAGUUCCUCCAACCCUCUGUCCAGUGCUGCACCCGCAUCCUCCACCCUUGCUAACACAGCCGCUGCCAGUUCCUCCAACCCUCUGUCCAGUGCUGCACCCGCAUCCUCCACCCUUGCUAACACAGCCGGUGCCAGCUCCUCCAUCCCUAUGUCUAGUGCUGCACCCGCAUCCUCCACCCUUGCUAACACAGCCGCUGCCAGUUCCUCCAACCCUCAGUCCAGUGCAGUGGCCGCAUCCUCCACCCCUGCUAACACAGCCGCUGCAAGCUCCUCCAUCCCUAUGUCUAGUGCUGCACCCGCAUCCUCCACCCUUGCUAACACAGCCGCUGCCAGUUCCUCCAACCCUCUGUCCAGUGCUGCACCCGCAUCCUCCACCCUUGCUAACACAGCCACUGCCAGCUCCCCCAUCCCUAUGUCUAGUGCUGCACCCGCAUCCUCCACCCUUGCUAACACAGCCGCUGCCAGUUCCUCCAACCCUCUAUCCAGUGCUGCACCCGCAUCCUCCACCCUUGCUAACACAGCCGCUGCCAGCUCCUCCAUCGCUAUGUCUAGUGCUGCACCCGCAUCCUCCACCCUUGCUAACACAGCCGCUGCCAGCUCCUCCAUCCCUAUGUCUAGUGCUGCACCCGCAUCCUCCACCUUUGCUAACACAGCCGCUGCCAGUUCCUCCAACCCUCAGUCCAGUGCUGUGGCCGCAUCCUCCACCCUUGCUAACACAGCCGGUGCCAGCUCCUCCAUCCCUAUGUCUAGUGCUGCACCCGCAUCCUCCACCCUUGCUAACACAGCCGCUGCCAGUUCCUCCAACCCUCAGUCCAGUGCUGUGGCCGCAUCCUCCACCCUUGCUAACACAGCCGGUGCCAGCUCCUCCAACCCUCAGUCCAGUGCUGUGGCCGCAUCCUCCACCCUUGCUAACACAGCCGGUGCCAGCUCCUCCAUCCCUAUGUCUAGUGCUGCACCCGCAUCCUCCACCCCUGCUAACACAGCCGCUGCCAGUUCCUCCAACCCUCUGUCCAGUGCAGUGGCCGCAUCCUCCACCCUUGCUAACACAGCCGCUGCCAGUUCCUCCAACCCUCUGUCCAGUGCUGCAGCCGCAUCCUCCACCCUUGCUAACACAGCCGGUGCCAGCUCCUCCAUCCCUAUGUCUAGUGCUGCACCCGCAUCCUCCACCCUUGCUAACACAGCCACUGCCAGUUCCUCCAACCCUCAGUCCAGUGCUGUGGCCGCAUCCUCCACCCUUGCUAACACAGCCGCUGCCAGCUCCUCCAUCCCUAUGUCUAGUGCUGCACCCGCAUCCUCCACCCCUGCAAACACAGCUGUAGCCAGUUCAUCCAACCCUCUGUCCAGUGCUGUGGCCGCAUCCUCCACCCUUGCUAACACAGCCGGUGCCAGCUCCUCCAUCCCUAUGUCUAGUGCUGCACCCGCAUCCUCCACCCUUGCUAACACAGCCGGUGCCAGCUCCUCCAUCCCUAUGUCUAGUGCUGCACCCGCAUCCUCCACCCCUGCAAACACAGCUGUAGCCAGUUCAUCCAACCCUCUGUCCAGUGCUGUAGCCGCAUCCUCCACCCUAGGUAACACACCCACUCUCAGUUCCUCCAACCCUCAGUCCAGUUCUGUGGCCGCAUCCUCAACCCUUGGUAACACAGCUGCUGCAAGUUCCUCCAACCCUCUGUCCAGUGCCGCUGUAGCAUCCUCAACCCCUGCUAACACAGCCGCUGCCAGCUCCUCCAUCCCUAUGUCUAGUGCUGCACCCGCAUCCUCCACCCUUGCUAACACAGCAGCAGCCAGUUCCACCAACCCUCUGUCCAGUGCUGCGGCCGCAUCCUCAACCCUUGCUAACACAGCUGCUGCCAGUUCUUCUACAAAUUCAGCAAUCAUAACAAGCACUACUACAUCUGCAACAACAGCUCCAGCAUCCCAAAAUACUUUAAGCACAGCCAGCACACCAGGAAUAAUCACAUCUACAACUACCACCACUACAUCUACCACUACCGUGGCACCAUCAACGGCUGCAAUAUCUACAGCAACCAGCACUAUCACUGCAUCAACAACUACUACAUCAACAACUGUAGCAGCAUCUACAUCUACAACGACCACCACUACAUCUACCACUACCGCGGCACCAUCAACGGCUGCAAUAUCUACAGCACCCAGCACUGCCACUGCAUCCACAACUACUACAUCAACAACUGUAGCACCAUCUACAUCUACAACGACCACCACUACCCCAACAACCACAUCGACUGCAACCUCCGCAGCUCUUUCAGUUUGUGCACAAGCAACCGUGUCUGUUGUCCUAGCCAAAGUGGCGAGUGAAGAAAUCCAGCUCGUAACAAAUGCUCAAGGAGGGCCAAGUGGAGCUCAGUUCAAUGUAAUCAUAUCAUCUGGCAGUCCAGUUUCCCAACAGACAACAACUUCUAAUUCGAUAGUUACAUUCUCCAGUUUGCUUCCAUCUACUCAGUAUACUGUGACUGUUAAACAACUGUCUUGCCCAAUGAAUGACGAUUAUAUCACCAAUGUUACUACAGUGGGCAGAAUCUUCGCUGCGCAAAUCCGAAUAACCAGCAGCGUGUACACGGCUGAGUUUGCAGAUAAAACAAGCACAAAGUUCAAAGAAUUUACAAAGAACUUCACGGACGAGGUGUCAAAGAAUUUCGAUAAUGUUAGCAUGGCCAUGUAUAAGGCGGGGAAGAUGCGAAUUGAUGUAACAGAUCUGAAGAACGGAAGCAUUGUUGUUGAUUUCAACAUAAUCACAGACGUGGCACAAAACAUGACAACGGGUAGCGUGUCCCAGAUCUUCCAAGACGCACUCAACAAGAGCACCACACUAGUCGUUGACCCUAGUUCUUACAGUUUCAAAGUUCAAAAUGCCUGUGACACUGGAGUAAAUGUCUGUUCUAAAUAUGCCACCUGCACAUCCAUAAAUGGCGUUGCUUCAUGCACAUGCAAUGCAGGGUUUAAUGACACCAGCCCGGCUGCCCCUGGACUAACCUGCAUAGAUAUAAAUGAGUGUUCUGCCAAUCCUUGUUCAAUAUUGUCGUCAUGCACGAAUACCAUCGGUAGUUACCAAUGCCAAUGCUACCCUGGCAUAACGGAUGGGAACUCUUCCAAUCCUGGACACAAUUGUAUUGACCCAACUUUAUGCUUCAACAACACUGCAUUCUGCUCCCAGAACUUUGCCUGCCUUGAAACCAGAGCUUCAAUCUGUUCCAAUACUCAGGCAAUUCCUUGUGCAAUUAAGUUCAACGACUGGAGUUUUACAGCAGACCUUUACAACUCAUCCAGCAGUGCUUAUGCAACUGCAGCACAGAAGCUCACUGAUAAUCUGGUAAAGUCAAUGAGAACAAAACUGAAUGACAACACCUUUAAUAUCACCGUGGUUGGCUUCAGGCCUGGAAGUGUCAUCGCCUACUUUAUGUCCACGACACAAUCAGCAACCACCUUGGAUCAAACCACAUUCCAGGCUACUCUUAUUGAAGCAGUAAAGGCUGGGAUAUCUCUCAACACUACAAACUUGGUGGUUGCUACACCAACAGCUACAUCAGCAACAACCACUGUUACUGGAAGCAAUGUGAUCGUGGACUAUUCUUGGAGAACGGCGACCAUUGUAAUUGGUGUACUUCUGGGAGUUGCUUUGCUAUUGGCUGUGCUGGCCCUGGCUGUAUGUCUUUACUCAAAGAAUAGGAUUGGUAUCUACAAACCCAACAUCAGUGACAGUAUAAGAAGCUUUACUUAUAAUUAUAUAUAAGUAGCCACAAACGUAGUUAUUAUGUAUCUCUAAUCAAAUAUAUAAUUAUCUAAUAUGAAAUUUAUGUUGGAAACGAGAAAGGGAGACUUCUCUUUUCUAAACACAUUUUGAAGUGCACUAUUUUCUGCUCACUUGCAACCUUGCAGAACACAGGCUUGAGUGCUGGCAACUCAAUGCAAAUUGAAGGAACAAGAUGUAAUUCCUGGCACGAAAACCUUUAUAUGGAUAUACACUGUUAGUACAGCCCCAAUGACACAGACACUUCAAACCGAAGUAGCAAUAAAGCUAUUAAAAUUUCCUUUUGCACUUUAAGCUAAAGCUCUUAUAUUUUAUUUGUAUGAUUUUUCUCUACCUCGUCCAUGGCUUUAACCAACUAUAGAAGGAGCAAAACAGUCAUAUGAUGCAUAUCUUGCCAUGAACGGGUUACCAGAGUCACCCACCAAAGAUCUACCAUAAAUUUUGCUUGGUUAAAGAAAGAGAAAAAAAAUAUUUUUGACUCCAUCGCCAUCUUGGUUGGAGUCAAGUCUUCUUGCCUAAUGCAUUGACCAGAAACCAAGCUCUUGAGCGUGAUUCUCGCUCUUGAGAUGCUCUGAAAUAAAAAAUAUCCUUUAUCUGCUAAUUUGAUAUCAUAUUUGAUUGUAUAAAAUCUUUCUAUAAAAAGCAAACAAUAUCUGAUAAUCCUCUCGCCCCUAUUUUUUGCACUGUAAUUCAUGGUAAUAGAAUAGUAAAGGGUGGGAUUUUAUUUCAACGCUACCUGCAAAUAACUGAAUAUUGAACUACAAGGCAGCUGUAUUUUUAUUGUUUGCAUAUGUGUUACAAUUUAUUUUCUUGUUAAUGAUAUCAUGUAGAGGAAUCAUACCAAACCCUUAUAUCAUAUAAUAUCAUAUAUAUAUAUAUAUAUAUAUACGCUACCUUCCUCUCAUUUAGAUUGAUAGUGAUCACUUUAUGUUUAGUCCACAUGAUCCUGAACAAUGUAUGUUAUCUUGUAUUAAUUUAUAGAAGGUAUUAAAAUAUUUAUUAUGUACAAA